AAAUGUUGUUGAUAGUACCAUCUAAUCCACUUGCAUUUUCCUUUCUUUCUUUGGAACUAAUUUCUUCGAGUUAUGCUCUCAUUCCUCCUUUAGAAAAACUAGGAAAUGUCUUCAUCACGGACCUCUGCUGCUGCGGCGGCGACCACCGACUCCCAAGCUCCGCUCCUCCGCCCGCGUCAGCCGGAGUCCUCUGCGGCCCCGGCGUCCACGCUCGCUUUCUUGCUGAGCCGUGCCACUGGAAGGCGUGGUGCCUCCAUGCUGGUGCGGGAGACGGCAGCGCGUGAGCUUGAGGAUCGCCGCGUCGACUGGGGCUACUCCAAGCCCGUCGUGGCUCUAGACAUGCUCUGGAACACCGGCUUCGUGGCCGUGUCGGUGGCCAUGCUGAUCUGUACGGUAAAUGAGAAGCCUAAUACUCCAAUUCGACUCUGGAUCUGUGGGUAUGCUUUGCAGUGUUUGGUGCAUGUGGUGCUGGUGUGGUUGGAGUACAGGAGGAGGAACUCCAGGACGAAUGAUAGGGAUGAAGAGAGAGGUGAUGUAGGAAAUCCCAAUGAUAGUGAGGAUGAGGAGGAUAGCGUUGAAAGGGGCUCCUCCAGUUCCACACGGUCCAGCUUCACCAAGCGAUGUGAAUCCGUGAAUACAAUGGCAUCAUUUCUUUGGUGGAUAGUGGGUUUCUAUUGGGUAGUCUCUGGUGGUGAUGCGCUAAUGCACCUGGCUCCACGGUUGUACUGGUUGGCUGUUGUUUUUCUGGCGUUUGACGUGUUCUUUGCAAUAUUUUGUGUUGUUUUGGCAUGUUUGAUUGGAAUUGCUCUCUGUUGCUGCUUGCCAUGCAUUAUCGCUAUUCUUUAUGCUGUUGCAGGACAGGAAGGUGCAUCAGAAGCAGAUCUUAGUAUGCUUCCAAGAUAUAGAUUUGAAACAUUAACCAAUAAUGAAAAGCCUACUGUAGGAGCAGGCAAAAUGGUCCCCACUGAAACGAGCAGUGGAUACUUGGCAAAUGAACACAUGCUUUUACAUGAGGAUGCGGAAUGCUGUAUAUGUCUCACCUCAUACGAGGAUGGUGUAGAACUCCAUACCCUCCCUUGCAACCAUCAUUUCCAUGCAACAUGCAUUGUGAAAUGGCUUAAGAUGAAUGCAACGUGUCCUCUCUGCAAGUACAAUAUUGUCAAGGGAAAUGAACAGGUAUGAGGAGGUCAAGAGGCACAUAUAGCCUGAUUCUGUCCUGAAUACUUUGUAUGUUUGUUAUGUAUAGAAGAAAGUAAGGAAGAAAAAAUGAAGCGACACCAAAUUCUUGGUUUCAAUUUUCAUUUUAUAGACCUUUUGGAGUUGUGAAAUUCUUGUUGGUUGUAAUGGAUCCAUCUCCGAGCAUUAAAAUAGUUGAUUGAUUCACCUUAGACCCGAGGAGAUUCCAGGUUUCAUAGUUUCAUCCAAAUCUGACUUUAGCUAGAAGUA